AUUAAUUGAAAUUCGUCAAUUCACUCCUAAACCUAGAAUCUCACACUGUUAAAAGACUUCCCAAAACUUUUUCGUUCCGUUUCUCUGCAAUUUCUCAGCAACCAAACACAUAUAAAACGUUAGAUUACAGAUGGUGGAACCGGAUAUUGACAACAAGCGCUGUGGAAACCGAUGGAAUUGGGCAAUUGGUGCUCUCAUCGCGAUAUCCUUCGCAAUUGCACUUGCUUCGAGGAAUUUUCCGACUAUUUCUAUGCUCAAUCGACAUAACAGACCUUGUCAGUGUGCUGAGGACGCACAUAGAUAUAAAGGGACAGUGGAGGAUUGUUGUUGUGAUUACGAGACUGUAGACCAUCUUAAUCAGGAAGUUUUGCGUCCAUUGCUCGAAGAGCUUGUGAAAACCCCAUUUUUCCGAUACUUCAAGGUUAAGCUAUGGUGUGAUUGCCUUUUCUGGCCUGAGGAUGGUAUGUGUCGUUUGAGGGACUGCAGUGUCUGUGAAUGCCCAGAAAAAGAGUUUCCUGAACCAUUUAAGAAGCCCUUCAGGAAUGGCCUUUCAUCGGAUGAUCUUAUUUGUCAAGAGGGAAAGCCGGAGGCUUCUGUUGACCGUACUAUUGAUAGUAAAGCUUUCAGAGGGUGGAUAGUAGUAGACAACCCAUGGACAUAUGAUGACGAGACAGACAAUGCUGAGAUGACAUAUGUAAAUCUUCAACUGAAUCCUGAACGCUAUACUGGCUAUACUGGUCCAUCUGCCAGAAGAAUAUGGGAUGCUGUUUACACAGAGAACUGUCCCAAAUAUGGAUCAGAAGAGCUUUGUCAAGAGGAAAGAAUAUUGUACAAAUUGAUAUCAGGUCUUCACUCCUCCAUUUCAAUUCACAUAGCCGCUGAUUAUCUACUUGAUGAAGCUACAAACCUGCAUCUCCAUGUGGGGGUAAGUGCAUUGAUGGACUGUGUGGGAUGUGAAAAAUGUCGUCUUUGGGGAAAGCUUCAGGUUCUUGGUCUCGGUACUGCAUUGAAAAUCCUCUUCUCUGUUAAUGGCCAGGACCACUUUGGACAGACUUUGGAAUUGCAACGAAAUGAAGUGAUUGCUAUGAUGAACCUGCUCAAUCGGCUCUCAGAAUCUGUUAACUAUGUCCAUGAGAUGGGGCCCUCUGUCGAAAGAAUCAUUGGAGGAGAAAUUUCCAUGCCUAGCGAUCGAAGAACUGUUCAAUAG